GGCUGUGCCAUAUUAAAAAAUAUAUAAACAAUUUUGUUGGAUUUAUACUCAUUUGUAUAUAAUAUACAAAUAUUAUAUGAGCAUAUGAAUAUAAUUUGAAAUACCAAGCAAACUUCUAUGCUGAAAUAAGGCUGUGAACCUGGGACAAUUUUAAAUGUACCUAAUUUUACAAUAGUUUUUUUUUUUAUUUAAUAGACAAGCAUGCUAUAUGUUAUAUGGAGAAUAAGAAUGUUCUCCAACAAGAGUGUUAUAUGGAGGUGUGAUCAUGCAAACCAACAACAGCAUCAGCAACAAAAACAGCUACAGUACAGUUACUACAAAUUAUACUAUUGCUAUGAUUUAAUAGAAACAUCAUGUAAGAAGAAUUCAGUACACAGUAGAUCAUGCCAAAAGUAAUGUAUGUGUUAAAAGCUCCUUUUUCUGUUUGAUCAUUAUCCCAUUAAAUAUCAAUGUUUCAGAACUGAAUGAACACUACAUAUAAUCAUUGAUUUGCCUAUUAGUUAUGAAAUAAGGUGUAGUUGAAAACAAUCAGUAAAACACUUUAUAUUUAAUACCGUAUUGGUUUUGUAUUAAUAAUGUGUUGCCUAUUACAUUUGGAAAGCUGUGUUGUUUUGUAACAGCUUGACUGAAUGACUGUGUGUGUCAGUUUCCUCUAGUGCAGGAGAUUGUUCGGGGUUAAGGGUAUUAAUAGCGCUGCUUAAAUUGCGUCUUAAGUGGAUCACCCAGAGAAGGAGAGAGAGAGAGAGAGAAAGAGAGAGAGAGAUUAAAGAAGAUGGUGAGAGAGACAGAAACAGAAAUCUUUUUUAAAAAAAGAACUGUGAUUGAGGAAGACAAACAGAGCUGGUAUCAACUGAACUGCUACUUGUGAUUUGGAUUGUUGUUUUGUUAUUUACCAUGCAGUAACACAGUCACUGUUACUAUUUAUAUGACCUUAUUUUCAAAACUAAACCAGAUUUGCAGGUUAAGGAGAAACCUAAUGACGUGACAAGGAAAAACUUGCCACAGUAAAAUGUUUGUUUGUUGAGUAGUUAUAAACAAAGUGAAAGACACAAAACAAAACAGGUAUUGUAUAAAUGGCUGCAUGUAAUAAUGUACAUUAAAACUCCUUUAUAAUGAUUAGUAAUAUUUACUAUAUUAUAUACUUAGAUAUAAUGGAAUAUUGUGAUCUAAACACAACUACAUAUAGAUAUUUUCAUACUCUGUACUAAUAUAAACAAGUUCAGUCUAUAUCAGUGAGACAUUCAGUGGAUAUUGUGUUAUGAUGUUGAUAUUAAAAUCAAAAUAAACGAACAUCACAUCUCACCUGUAAAUAUAGUCCGAAAAUUUUAAAUAAUUGAAGUGCAUGUUUGUGUUUCUUUGCUGCAUUUACUUUUUCUUACAUGGUAAGUUAUAAAGUUUAUUUAUCAUUUAUUUGUAUUACCACAAAGACAUUAAUGUAAAUGGACUGUGUAAAUGAUUCCUUCUCUCCUUCAUUUAUUGCCAUAUGUGCCUGGCAGUGACACAUUAAUUUUGUUUCUGGCCAUUUAGCAUAAAUGAACCAGAAGCCUAAAAAGAAAAAAGCUGAGUCUAUUCCCACAGAGAGCACUGGGACAGACACUAAAUCCAAAAAAAGCAAGAAUAAAAAAAAUGGAGACCUGUCAGCAGAAAGCUGUCCUGCUACUCAAAAAAAUGGUGAAAAUGUGAAGAAAAAAAAAACUGAAAAGGAAAAAGAAUCCCCACAGAAGGAAAAAGCUGAGCCCAAAAAGAAAGCCAAAAGUGCCCCAAAGAAGAAGAAGAAAAGUUCAAGUGAUGAUGAAGAUAAUAGUGAUGGUGAAGAAGAAAUGGCAAUACCCCAAAAGAAAACAAAAUCAAAAUCCUUGAAGGAUGGUUCUGAUGGCAAAGAAAAAGACAAGGACAAGAAAACUAAACCUAAAGAGGAAAAAGAAGACAAAGACAAUAAGGGAAAGUCUAAGACCAAAAAGAAGGAGCCAGCCUAUUUGUUCCAGAUAAAUGGAGACAAAUCCACCACCAAGGGUAAAAAGAAAGCUGAUAGAUCAGACAGUGAAGAGCCGAGUGAUCCAGAAAACAAAACCAGCAAGAAAAAGAAAAAGAGCAGUUCGAACCUAGGGUCCAUGUUCCAGGCUGGUGGAGAAAAGGAUAAAGACAAGGACAAGGACAAAAGGUCUAAGAAAAACAAAAGUCUGGCAAAGGCAGAAGAGAGUGAUGACUCAGAGUCUGAGGUGACACAGAAGAAAAAAAAGGGGAAAGGAAAAAAGGGGAAAAAGGAGGAACGAGCCCCUUCACCAGUCAUUGAGUUUGAAGACCUGGAAGAGUUUGUGCUUCAGCCAGCACAGCAGGGUAUCACAGUGAAAUGUAAAGUGACCCGAGACAAAAGAGGAAUGGACCGUGGUCUUUAUCCCACUUACUACCUUCAUCUUGACAAUGAAAAGAAGCAGGUCUUUUUACUGGCGGGACGAAAACGUAAAAAGAGCACAACUUCCAACUACUUGAUCUCAAUCGAUCCCACUGACCUCUCUAGAGGGGGUGAAAACUACGUAGGGAAAUUAAGGUCCAAUCUGAUGGGCACUAAAUUCACAGUAUUUGAUAAUGCACUUCAUCCUGAUCGAGCACUUCCUGAUUUGUCAAAUGCAAGGCAGGAACUAGCAGCCAUUAUUUAUGAGACCAAUGUGCUGGGAAUGAAGGGUCCAAGGCGGAUGACUGUCAUUAUCCCUGGAAUGGACAAAGAUGGAGAGCGAGUACCUAUAAGGCCACGCAAUGAAAAUGAUGGCCUUCUGAUUCGGCAGCAAAAUAGGAACAUGGAGAAUUUGAUAGAGCUUCGCAACAAGACACCUGUGUGGAACGAGGAGACAUCGUCUCAUGUGCUCAACUUUAAUGGCAGAGUCACACAAGCCUCUGUAAAAAACUUCCAAAUUGUUCAUAGUAAAGACCAGGACUACAUAGUGAUGCAGUUUGGGAGAGUUGCAGAUGAUGCCUUCACCCUGGACUAUAACUACCCUCUGUGUGCAGUGCAGGCCUUUGCUAUCGCCCUCUCUAGUUUUGAUGGCAAAAUCGCCUGUGAGUGACAGCUUCAACCAACAGAAGCAUAUUCUUCAGCACUCUGUUUCUGCAUGUCUCUGAAAAGACUGAAAGCCAUCAAUCUAGGAACAAUAUGAGAAUAAUGAUAAAAAUACUGUAGUUCUCUGAUCUGCUAUGCUCAAAUGUGGAGUCGAAGAAAACUUCAAGUGACACAUUUUGAAGGCCGUUAUCACGAGACAGAGGUUUUGACAAGAAGGCAAAUUCUGUUCACUUUGAAAUCUUUGAAAAUUAGAAUAAUAUGACAGUUCAUUUAAUAUGCUUUAAUUGGAUAUUUUUGAGAGUAGGUACAUGUGAAGAGACAAGACGUAUGACAUGAGUCUUUGAAAGCAUCUUGAAAUUGCAUGCUAUAGUUAUUUAGACAAUAUACAUUUCCAAAAUAUAACUUAUAGAGAGUGGAGAAUUAAUAAUAGUCUUUUUUGCCUUUUCGAGUCUUAAAGUGUUAUACUAUUGCUAUC